AUGGCGCCAGUCCCAAUAGACCAUACGAGAUUGGACGCACCGGAGCGCGCCUCGGCUCACGCGCUCCGCCUUGACGUCGGGCAAGACGACGCUACCACCUCCCUCCUCACCCCCCCUCAAUGCCAAGGAGCCGAUACCGCGGUACCUCAUAGCGAGUAUGUUCUGCUGCACGAGCGCGAGGCGGCGGUGGAGCGGGGAGCGGCGUCGUGGGUGGGGGAGGCAGCGGCGCAAUGCAGCGUGGGGUUGCCAGUAGCGGGCACGAUGGCGGUGAAUAGCUUCAUGCAGCUACUGUGCCUCGCGUUCGUGGGGCACCUGGGCACGCAGGAGCUCGCGUGUGCUUCCAUCGCCACCGCGCUCGCGAACGUCACUGGCUUCUCGCUGCUGGAAGGGCUGGCGAGCGCCAUGGAAACGGUGUGCGGGCAGGCAUACGGAGCAGGGGACCUGGCGAACCUGGGGACCAUGCUGCAGCGCGUGCACCUCAUCCUCACCCUCGCCUGCCUCCCCAUCUCCGCCUGCUGGCUCGCCACGCGACCACUGCUGCUCUUCACAGGCCAGGACCACGCCAUAGCGAGUGGAGCAGCGCUGUACAUCGCGUGGGAGAUCCCGGGCCUGGUGGCAUCCGCAGCGUUCCUGCCCAUCACCAAGUUCAUGCAGGUCCAAGGUGUGACCCUCCCCCUCACCGUCAUCUCCCUCGUCUCGCUCCUCUUCCUUUCUCUCGCCUCCUACCUCUUCAUCCACACGUUUGCUCUCGGCUUCACAGGAGCCGCCAUGGCCCUCUCGCUCACGCUGCUCUUCCAGCUGCUGCUCGCCCUGCUCUACCUCGCUCUGCUAGACAGCUCCCAUCAACUGCUCUCGCGCUGCUGGCGCGGUUGGUCACUCGCUCUCUGUUUCUCUGGCUGGUCGCCCUACCUCACUGUUGCUGUGCCCUCCUGUGCCAUGAUAUGUCUGGAGUGGUGGUUCUUUGAGAUCGUCACGCUUGUCUCCGGCCUGCUGCCCAACCCUGCUGUCAACGUUGCAGCCAUGACUAUAAGUCUACAGACUGCUGGGUUCUGCUUCAUGUUCUCCCUCGCCUUUGGCAUUGCUGCCAGUGUGCGGGUGAGCAACGCGUUGGGAGCAAAGAGCCCAGCAGCAGCACGGCGGGCGGUGGGUGUGGCGAUGGGCAUAUCGGUGCUGCUGUCAGCGCUCAUAGCAUUCUUCCUGCUCUUCAUCCGCGACUUCCUCAUCCUCUUCUUCACCGGUGCUGCUGCGCCUGACGUUGCUGCCCUCGUGCGCACGCUCAUGCCCUUUCUCAUUGUGUCCCAGCCGGGCCUCUGCCUCCCAACAAUCCUCUCAGGAGUGCUGCGGGGGUCAGGGCAGCAGGCAGUGGGCACGGGGGUGAACGGCUUUACCUUCUAUGCCAUCGCGCUGCCCCUCGCCUACGCCCUCGCCUUCUACCCUUUCCACCUCGGCGUUUCCGGGCUCUGGCUAUCCAUAAUUGUGGGGGAGGCAAUCCAAACCGCCAUCUUUGGGUACUAUGUGGCCACCACUGAUUGGUCUGCACAGGUAUGCUGCUCGUAG